UGCAAAAGAGGGACACAAAAGCUCUUGCAGGAACUGAGUAAGUUGGGGUACCGGGUAUCAGCUAAAAAGGCCCAGUUAUGCCAGAAAGAGGUCACCUAUUUGGGGUACCUGCUCAAGGAGGGAAAAAGAUGGCUGACCCCGGCCCGGAAAGCUACAGUUAUGAAGAUCCCUACUCCCACAACCCCCAGGCAGGUCCGCGAAUUUCUGGGUACUGCCGGAUUCUGCAGGCUCUGGAUUCCUGGGUUUGCUUCCCUGGCUGCACCCUUGUACCCUCUGACAAGGGAAAACAUUCCUUUUACCUGGACUGAAAAGCAUCAAAAGGCUUUCGACCACAUAAAAGAAGCCUUGCUGUCUGCCCCCGCUUUGGCUCUCCCAGACCUCACCAAACCAUUUACUCUAUACGUAGAUGAAAGAGCCGGUGUAGCCCGAGGAGUGCUUACUCAGACCCUAGGACCAUGGCGACGGCCAGUAGCUUAUCUAUCAAAAAAACUGGAUCCAGUGGCCAGUGGGUGGCCAACCUGCCUAAAAGCGGUUGCUGCAGUGGCACUCCUCCUCAAAGACGCUGAUAAGUUAACCUUGGGGCAAAAUGUGACUGUGAUUGCUUCCCACAGCCUCGAAAGUAUUGUGCGGCAGCCCCCCAAUCGGUGGAUGACCAAUGCCAGAAUGACUCAUUACCAGAGUUUGCUGCUAAACGAAAGGAUAUCUUUCGCGCCCCCUGCUGUCCUGAACCCAGCUACCCUACUACCAGUCGAGUCAGAAUCCACCCCAGUACACCAAUGCUCAGAAAUCCUUGCUGAAGAAGCUGGGACUCGACGGGACCUGAAGGACCAGCCAUUGCCCGGAGUGCCUGCCUGGUAUACAGACGGUAGCAGCUUCAUUGUGGAAGGUAAGCGGAGAGCAGGGGCCGCCAUCGUAGAUGGCAAACGGACGGUAUGGGCAAGCAGCCUGCCAGAAGGGACAUCAGCCCAGAAGGCCGAGCUAAUCGCCUUGACGCAGGCAUUACGCCUAGCCGAAGGAAAAAACAUCAACAUCUACACGGACAGCAGGUAUGCUUUUGCCACUGCUCACAUUCAUGGGGCAAUAUAUAAACAGAGGGGACUGCUCACUUCGGCUGGAAAAGACAUUAAAAACAAAGAAGAAAUUCUGGCUCUGCUAGAGGCCAUUCACCUCCCUAAGCAGGUCGCCAUUAUCCACUGCCCGGGCCACCAGAGAGGAAAUAACCCUGUGGCGGCCGGGAACCGGAGGGCCGACGAGGCUGCAAAACAAGCCGCCCUGUCGGUCAGGGUGCUAGCAGAAACUAUAAAGCUUCAAGAGCCAAUCGAGCCUGCUCAAGCUAGGACCAAGCCAAGAGAGCUCACUCCUGACCAGGGAAAAGAAUUCAUUCAGCGGUUACAUCAGCUAACACACUUAGGACCAGAAAAGCUCCUUCAACUAACGAGCCGCACCAGCCUCUCCAUCCCGAAUCUCCGGUCCACCGUUCAAGAAGUCGCCAAUCGGUGUCCGGCUUGUGCCAUGACUAAUGCGACUACCACCUACCGAGAGACCGGAAAAAGACAACGGGGAGAUCGACCCGGCGUAUACUGGGAAGUAGACUUUACAGAGGUAAAGCCUGGCCGGUAUGGGAACAGGUAUCUGCUAGUAUUUGUAGAUACUUUCUCUGGAUGGGUAGAAGCUUUCCCUACCAAAACUGAAACGGCCCUGACUGUAUGUAAAAAGAUACUAGAAGAAAUCCUGCCCCGUUUCGGGAUCCCUAAGGUGAUCGGGUCAGAUAAUGGCCCAGCCUUUGUUGCUCAGGCUUUAGAAGUUGUAAAAACCCAGAUCUGGGACCAGAUCAAGGAGGUAUACGAGCCAGGUGCCGUGGCCAUCCCUCAUCCGUUCCAGGUCGGAGACCAAGUGCUGGUCAGACGCCAUCGACCCAGCAACCUUGAGCCUCGGUGGAAAGGCCCGUAUCUGGUAUUGCUGACCACCCCGACCGCAGUAAAAGUUGAUGGCAUCGCUGCCUGGGUCCAUGCUUCCCAUCUCAAGCCUGCACCACCCCCGGCACCAAACGAGACCUGGGAGCUGGAAAGGACUGAUCAUCCUCUUAAGCUGCGUAUUCGGCGGCGGAAAAAUGAGUCCACCGGGUAAGAACCCCCACCGGCCUGUGAUCCUCACCUGGAAGGUACUGUCCCAAACUGGAGAAGUUGUCUGGACCAAACAGGCUACCCAGCCUCCUUGGACUUGGUGGCCCGAUCUUAAACCUGAUGUAUGUGCCCUGGCGGCGGGUAUUGAAACCUGGGAUAUCCCGGGAUCCAGUGUAUCGGCCUCCAAGGCCCAGAUCAGACCCCCUGAUUCAGACUAUACAAAAGCUUAUAAUCAGAUCACCUGGGGGGUCCCAGGGUGCAGCUAUCCCCGAGCUAGAAACAGGCUUGCCGCUUCCCCCUUCUACGUGUGCCCCCGGGAUGGCCGGACCCUUUCAGAAGCUAGAAGGUGCGGAGGGCUGGAAUCCCUAUAUUGCAAAGAAUGGGGUUGUGAAACCACGGGGACAGUCUACUGGGGACCUAGUUCCUCAUGGGACCUCAUAACUGUAGAACGUAACGGUAGCAGUAAAAGCUGUGACAACUCCGGCUGGUGUAACCCCCUUAAAAUAA